AUGGCAUCCGCAGUGUCUAGCAUCCCAUCGGCCCAGGCCGCUGCCGUCACAAAUGCCGUGUCCGCAUCUUCACGCAAGUCUGCAUCAACGAAUGCUGUCUCGUUCACAUCCACCUUCCUUCACUCGUCAAAGCCGAUCACGUCCGUCCGUUCUUGCAAGCCAUGCGUUUCUCGCAAGGGAGUUUCCGUACGUGCCAUGGUGGCUUCGACCGACGCUGUUUCCUUCUCAGCCAAGGAGAUGGAGCGAGUUGCAGCGAAGGAGGCUCUCCUUCUCGCGGUGAAGGACGCGGGUGGCGCGGAGGCCCUUAGCACAGGCAAAGGCAAUGCGGCUGGGAAGAUUGAGGUUAGCGAGAAGUUGCUGCAGCUGGAACGACUCAACCCCACUCCACGACCCACUACGUCGCCUCUUUUGGAAGGCACGUGGGACAUCGUGUGGGCAGCCACUCGCAACCCAGGUGUCAUCGCCACCCGAGUGCUGCUCAAGCGGUUUCCCACGCAAGUGGCGUCACUGGAGUCACUGCAAGUGCAGAUUUUGGAGGGCUCCACCAAAGUGACGGCUGGCCUGAAGUUCCUCACCGCGGCUGAGACUUCAAUCACGGUGACAACUCGUCUUGCCGUCGAAGGCCCUGUCAGAAUCAAGGAAGAGUACGCCGAAGCUGUGGUGGCUACCCCUGUGGUGCCGGAUGGCAGCGUCCCUUCAGCCCUCAAAGGUGUCUUUGAUCAGCUAGCUUCUGCUAGUCAAUCACUCCCUGCUGCUCUGAAGGAUUCUCUCUCCUCGGGCCUCAAGCUCCCUCUCAAUGGCAGAUAUCAGAGGGAGCUGAUUAUUUCGUACCUUGAUGAUGAGAUACUGGUCCGCGGACAACGGCUGAAGCACCAAAUACUGCAUUCGUCUACCGCUCCCUCUCUUCCGCCUCUGGAUUCCUCCACGCAUUCGUCUAACAAUACGAAGACUCCCUUGACUAGCGCUGGGUCGAUAGCAGGGAUGGGACACGAAGGAGCAUGCGUAUCACUCUCGCUAACGCCGGCCACGGCGUACUGCAUAGGCGUAGGUCCGGGUCUGUUGGCGUCAAAGGAAUCGCACGGGGACUUACCCCCUCUAGGCGUGACCAUGGGCGUGGUGAUGGAGAAGGACAUGCACGGCGAGCUGAUGGGUAUCUUCAGCGCUGCUCGCAGCGUUAUCCGGGCGAGGGGAGUUCUGGGAUUGUACCUGGGGUUCGUCCUCCAGGCGUGCAAGGAGAUGCUGGGCAACGUCGCCUUGUUCGCCACAUAUGAUGUCGCUCUCGCGCUCUUCAGUGGCACCAGCCUCGUGCCUGGGGGGGGUGCGCAUGGAGCACACAUGCACGCCGGCCAGUCGUGGAUGGCGAUCUGGCCUGCAGGAAGCCUUGCGGGGAUGGCCUAUUAUCUGAGCUCUAUAGAGGUGUCUCUGCUUGCCUCGCUCGAGCCAUUCCGGGUUGUGCUGCGUUGCAUCAAGGACAAGCGCAGUCUGUCGCAGCUGUUGCAGCGCGCUAAAGACGCCGUCAUUCAUGACGCAGCCAGGAAUGUCAACGCGGCCGCAGCUGGAGCCGCCGGUUCUUCGUUCGUUUCCGGAGCCGCGCAAGCGUCAUCCUUCCACCAUGCCGCUUCGGGAUCGCCGCAUGUCGCGGGUGGGUUCGCCGGAUCGUCUUCAGCCCUUCACGCUGCUGCCGCGGCGCUCAACCCCCUUGAGGUGCUGCCGGCGCAACUGGCGUGGCUGAAGCAGGCUCACAUAGAGGCCCAGCGGUUCACGCUCUCUCAAGUGCACGCGAACAAAGUGGAAGGCCAGGGGCACGGGGGAGGGCAGCAGGAAGGGCAGCAGGGAGGGCAGCAGGGACAGCAGGGAGGGGGUAAUAGUGGUGAGGAGGUGGGCAGGAGAGAGCAUGGUGCAGGUCAGCAGAGAAGCGAUUGCGCGAACGAUGGGAGAGGGGGCGUGGCACAGCAGGAAGUUUCGGGCCUGCCGAGUGUAGAUGCACACAAACAGCAGCAGCAGCAGCAGCAGCAGCAGAGUGCGAGCAUGUCGAUGCAGCUAGCCAACUUGCGAUCGCAAGUGGGGCUUCAGCCCGGGUCGUUGCUCGCCCAAGCACUCAAGCUCUCUCACCAGCCUUCCUUCGCAGCCGUCUCCAAUCUCCCGCUCUUCUCUAAUUUCCGCUCCGUCACCGCCCCUCACUCCUCCUCUGCACCCGCCACCGAGCCCCAUGCAUCAUCACCCCACGCAGCUACCCUGUCCUCUACGAGCACUGUAGCUGCUGCUGCCGCUGCUGCACCUGCAGGUGCUACAGUGUCAGCUCCCAAUUCAUCUAGCCCUGCCUGGAGCGAGCCGGCGUUCCCCACUGUGCAGUCGGGGGAGGUGACGGACCGCUUCUCCUCCUUCAGCGAUACGCAGUUCGCCUCUGCUGCUGAAAUCGGUGCCACCUCAUCCACGGCUGCUGCUGGCAUGAUGGCGGCGGCUGCAUCGGUUGGCCUCGAUGCUGGUCGCAGUAGUGCUGUUGUUGCUGGUGGCAGCGCUUUUGGUGGUAGUAGUGUUGGUGGUGGCUUGAACAGUACUUUGCCUGGGGGCAAUGACAGUGGGAGGGAGGGUGGUUCGUUCACCAAUGUUCUUCGGAUGUCCUCAGCUGCUUUUCAGCACCAGCAACAGCAGCAGAUGCUGCUGCGACAGCAGUGGAGUGGGCAAGCGGGUGGAGGGCAAGAGAAUACUGCAGUGAAUGCAGAGGCCUCCGUGCAUAUGUGGAGGCCAAGGGAAGACACGAGUUGGUUCCAGCAGCUGGGGCAGUCAGGAGCACUUGAGAAGCUUGCUGGAGGCAUCGGUGGAGAGGGCGGGGAGUCGGAAAAGUCUGCAGCAGCACCGGCUGCAGGAGGGGGAGCAGGAGCAGCAGUAGCGGAAAAUCAAGGGUUUGAACGUGGAGGAGGAAUGCUAUUGCUGGCAGAGCCUGCGACUGGCAAUGCAAGGAGGCAUGAUGUCCAGAGAGAGCAUCAGCAGGAGAAGCUUCAGUCUGACGGCAUAAGGCAUGACCACCCUGUGGAUGCAAGCAACCCUCCUCCAUUGCAGGAGCAGCAACAAGAGCAGAAUGAUGGGUGUGGUGGGACUCAGCAAAUGGGCCAACGGGUUUCCAUGCUGGGGUUGCAGCAAUCUCGCAGGUCAGAUGCAGUUUUGGAAGCCCUCACAUCGGGGUCGCAGUCGUGGGUGGGUCAGGCUGGGCGCUGGGUGGAUGAGCAUCAAAUGCAGUGGAGGAUGCAGAAGGCAGGGGAAAAUGCAGCUAUGGGUGUGGGAAUGGGUCAGGCGGAGCAAGAAGCUACACAUGCGGAUAAUCUGGCAGAGGCGGAGAUUCUUCGAGCAUUACAUGCAGAGAUGGAGUCAGAGGAGGUGUUGCGCGAGUACAAGCAGGAGCUGCAGGAGUUCGGCGAGGGGCUCAAGAAGGAGACGGAGGAGCUGGUGGAAACCACCGCCACCACCGUCAGCGACCUGCCUUCCUCACUCGAGUCCGGCGCCCAAGCGGCUCAGAGUUCGUUGGAGGGCGUGGGCCACACAAUUGAGGAGUUCGGCUCGUCUUUAUGGAAAGGCACAACGGAGAUCCUGGCAUCAGUGAAGGAGGCAGUGGCGAUGGUGGAGGAGGAGGUGGCUGCCAACGCUGCUGGCGCCCGCCCCCGCGCGCCUUCCGCUGCUGCUGGGCUCGCCUCCGCCAUCCCCAGAGGCAAGUACAGCCGCUACGAAGCACUUGUGAGCGCCAUGCAGAGGGACAGCAGCACGUACUGUGACGAGCCAGAGGACACAGAUGACUUUGCCAAGUGGGUCGAAUCUUUCGACCUCAAAAACAGGGAGGCGGACGUGGAGGCAGUGCUUAAGGACAAUGCAUUCAUGCAGGAGCUGCAGUCACGCAUUGUGCCGUUGAUCGUGGAGCGCGAGACCUUCUGGACGCGCUACUUCUACCGCCUCUACCGCCUGCAACAGGCCGAGGACGCCCGCGCCGACCUUGUCAAGAGGGCGACAACAUCAGAGGAGGAGGACCUGAGCUGGGAUGUGGACGAUGAUGCAGAUGACGCUCAGAGCAGCCCUGCAGCCGCCCACCAUGGCGCUGCGGGUAAAAGUGAAGCUGCUGAUGCGGAUGCAGCUGCUGCUGCUGGAGUCACUGCGGCUGAUGAUGCUGGUGCUGGUGCUGCUGCUGCUGUUGAUGGCAAUGGCCCUGCUGAUGCCUCGCCUUCUGAUAUACCAGAGGAGGCAACGGCAAAGGUCCCAGCGGAGGAAGAAGCAGCUGCUGGGAUGGAGAAGCGGGCACAGAGGAUUGGGGAAGCAAAAGAUGCAGGAGCAGGGGAGGGCGAGAAGGAGAGAGAUGCAUCAAGUCCAGCUGCGACAUCGCCGCAACCAGAACCAAGUAAUCGCAGCAACAGCAGUGACAGCUCAGCAGGCAGUGAGUGGCAAGUUGUGUCUAAAGAUGAUGCUUCUAAGGAGGACGGAUUGAAGGCAUCACAACCCUCUGCUGCUGCUCUUACUACAGCAGCUGAGGCGGCUGCCGCUCCUGCUUCUGACGUGUCAGAACCUGCAGCUCUGGUCUCCCAGCCUGCUGCUGAGCCUACAGUUGCCAGCGGUUCAAAUACAACAAGUGCGGACGGCGAAGGGGCGAAGGAAGAAGGAAACGAGAAAAAGAAUGAGGCAGAGGCGAGGGGAGGGAAGGGCAAGAAGGAAGGUGGAGUUGAAGAGGAGGAUGAG